ACGGCGGCGACAAGGACCAGCGCCGCCGCGCCACACAACGCCGAAACCAGUCGACCUAUCCGUGACCGAGGAGGUCGCCGGACAUGCUGCUGGAAGAGCUGCUCCGAUGCCAGAUCCAGGAGUGGUACCCGACGUUCCGCCGCCACACCGUCCCCACCCUCAUCAUCCCUCUCCCCGCCGCCUUCCUCCGCUACCUCGCCGGGAAUCCCGCCUACCCCGACCCCGACGCCCCCGACAGCCCUCUCCCCUUCCUCCUCCCAGCGACCACUUCCGGCCGCACCCCGUUCCCGCCGAUCCACGCCCACCUCCCUGACCCCGUCUCCCUCCUCGACCGCGACACCUCCGAGCUCAUCUUCGACUCCUACGACGACAGCGACGACGACGAGAACCCGCUCCGCCCCGCCUUCCCCGACCUCGAGACCGCCUUCGACGCCGCCAUCGCCGAGCUCGGCGGCGCCGCGCUCCCCAAGCUCAACUGGAGCGCGCCCAAGGACGCCGUCUUCAUGGCCGCCGACGGCACCGCGCGCUGCACCUGCUUCGCCGAGGUCGCCAUGCUGCUCCGCGCCUCCGACUGCAUCGCGCACGACCUCGCCUCCGCGCGUUCCUCCUGCCACGACUUCCUUCGCGCGGUUGGUGUUCGACGGAAUGCUGCAUCAGUAGCAACCGCCGGGGAAAGUGCUCCACCAAAUGGCAGCAUCAUUAGCAACGGUUCUGGUUCUCUAAAUGAUCCCAGCGUGAAUCACAAUGAGGGAGGCAAGCAGUCUGCCGCUGCAGACACUGAUGUAUCAGAAAGCAGCGAUGACAAUGACACCUGGGUGGAUGAUGGGUUCCAGUACUACCUCGCGCUCCGGAAGUGGUACCCGGGCCUCCGCCCCGAGUCAGAGUUCCGUUGCUUCGUGCGGGGACGAACGCUGGUCGGCGUGUCGCAGAGGGACCCCUCGGCGUACUACCCCUCGCUGCCUCGGUGGAGGGUGGAGGUGCAGCCGAUGAUUGAGGAUUUCUUCGAGGAUGUAGUGGAGCCACAGUUUGCUGCAGAGAAUUACACAUUUGAUGUGUCUGUGAGAGCCGAUGGCCGGGUGAAACUGAUCGAUUUCAAUCCUUGGGGUGGCUACACCUUGCCACUCUUGUUUACGUGGGAGGAGCUUGAGGAGGAGCAGCGAGGAGAGGACGAGCUGGAGUUUAGAGUGGUGAUGCAGCAGGGUGCAGUGAGGCCAGGGUUGAUGACAGCUGUGCCAUAUGAUAUGCUGGAUUGGGGAGAUGGGAGUGGCUGGGAUGUGUUCCUCAAGAGGGCUGACAAUGAAUUCAGCAAACAGAUGGCCACGUUGGGUGAGGACUCCAGUAGGUGAACAACUAAAGUGAUGGCUCUUGGAGUCUUGGUAAUGUUCCAUCCAUCAAACUCUAGAAGUAGCAACUUCCUUCAGAUUGUUAUGCAAAUCACGGGUGUGCCGUUUUGUGACUUCUGUAA